UACAUCCUAUUUCGCUCAUUAAACCUCAUCUUCAUUUGUAACGACCAAAAACCCUUAAUAGGCACUACUUAAAUAUCUCAACAAAUAACAAGAAAGAAGAACAAAAGAAACCAGAGGAAAAAUGGCGACAAUUUCUACUGUAACCCUCUCAAGUCCUGCUAGAGUAAUUGCCAAGGGAGUAGAGAUCCCUCAAAAGGCUCAAACCAUCAAGUUCACACCUGUAUUCAGGCUCAACCAAAGGUGGCCCUGUUUAACCGGAUCGGGCCGGCCAUCUUCGGUCCGACCGCUUCAUGCGGCUCCGGAUAAGAUAUCGGAGAAGGUAGAGAAGAGCAUAAAGGAGGCCGAGGAAGCAUGCACUGAUAACCCGGCAAGCAACGAGUGUGCGGCGGCUUGGGAUGAGGUAGAGGAGCUGAGCGCGGCCGCGAGCCAUGCGAGGGACAAGAAGAAAGAAUCGGACCCGCUUGAGAACUACUGUAAGGAUAACCCGGAGACUGAUGAGUGCCGCACCUAUGAUAACUGAUGAUGAGGGCGGUUUCAUUUCCGAGUCCGUUAGGCUCAAGAUAUAAAUAAAGAAUUAUAUCAAUAUUUUUAUGUAAUUGUUUUUAAGUUUCUGUUACAUGCAUGAGUUGAACAGAUUAAUUGUUUGUAUUGAAGCAUGAUAAACGACGAGAUUAUUCCAUAUGCUAA